GACUUCAGGAGUCAAAUUCACAGCACUCUGCAUCAGCACUUUGUGCUGGGCAGAGCUUGCCUGCACCCAGGCCCCCUGGGCAAGCGGGGCUGCCGGACAAGCCUCCCCAGCAGCACCCAAGGACGGGCUGGGAGGAAGCAGCCCCUUGCCGAGCUGUGGGGCAAGCGCAUGAGCUGAUCUGAGCGGGGCACUGCAAGCCUGAGAGCAAAGCACAGAACACUUUGUGGGAAUGCCCCUUGCAGGGACUCCUGCUCCUGUUAAAAGGAAAAAGUCCACUAAACUCAUUGGGAAGCUGACACACGAAGACAUGCCACAAGAGGUAUCCAAGCUGAACCUGGGGAAGAAGAUCAGCAUCCCCAGAGAUGUGAUGCUAGAAGAGCUUUCUCUCCUCACUAACAAAGGAUCCAAGAUGUUCAAAUUACGACAGCUGAGGGUGGAGAAGUUCAUUUAUGAGAAUAACCCUGAUGCCUUCACCAACAAUUCUGUGGAUCACUUUCAGAAGUUUAUCCCACCGGGCGGGCAUUAUGGGGAAGAUGCUGAUGGCUAUGCCCACGGGCGGAUGGUAGGAGGAGUGACGGCAGGGCAGCAUGGCUCUGAUGGAAAGUCAGGAGGCAAAAAAGUCGCUAUAUUUAAAACUUACAUCUCCCCCUGGGAACGAGCAAUGGGUAUUAGCCCUGAGGAUAAAAGUCAGUUGACCAUUGACUUACUGUCCUACAGUCCCAAAGCUGAUUUCCCCCAUUACAAAUCUUUUAACAGGACCGCCAUGCCUUACGGGGGUUAUGAGAAAGCAGCCAAACGGAUGACUUUCAAGGUGCCUCAGUUUGAUAUUUGCCCUCUGCUUCCGGAAUCUAUCAUGUUAUAUAAUCAAAAUUUCAGAAACAGACCCUCCUUCAACAGAACCCCAAUACCUUGGAUGCCUUCAGGAGAGUCCUCUGAGUGUCAUACUGAGGUCAAUGUGCCGAGAAGUGGUGAAACAGAAGAGCUGUAAAUCCCUGCCCCCAAAGUCUUUCUGUUUUUUCUUUUCAGCCCUUUCUAUUUGCAAGUUGAUAGUAAGGAGGUGAAAAGUGCAAAUCUAGUCCUGUGAGUCCUUCGUUUCUUUUGCCCUUAACCCUGACAAGCUCCUGGUAGCUUCUAAACUUAAUCUUUGCUGUGAUGUUAAUCUGUAUCAGAAACAGUUUGAGGGAAAGGAGCUUUUUAUUCACCAGGGCAUAAAAGGGCAAAAUUAGGAACAGUUUUUCUGUUUAGCAAUGCUAAAUGCUUCCUGUCUGCUUCAUAAUAAAUUUGUUUUGUCAUAUAUUAACAAGU